CCGCGCGGCCCGCUGUUGUCCCUCGUCCGAGCCGCCGAGGCGCGGCCGGGGCUCCUGGGAGCCUGGGUCGGGGCCGCGAGAUGGACUCAGUGGUUUUUGAGGAUGUGGCUGUGGACUUCACCCCGGAGGAGUGGGCUUUGCUGGAUCGUGGUCAGAGGAGGCUCUACAGAGAUGUGAUGCUGGAGACCUGCAGGAACCUGGCCUCACUGGGUGAAAACUGGAAAUGCCCUGGCAUUGAACAUCAGCACAAGAACAAGGGGACAUAUAUGAGGUGUCAUGCGGUGGAGAUGCCCUCAGAAAAUAAUGGAAGUAAUCAAUGUGGAGAAACCAAUCAGAUUUCAAAUUUUAUUGUGCAUAAGAGACUUUCUACUGGAGUAAAAUCCUGUGAAUACAUUAAGUUUGAAAAAGCCAUCAUGGAUACUACAUCCCUAAAGAGUCCCAUAACAUCAUCUCAACAUGGACAGAAACCCCAUCAAUGAAACACUUCCCUGGAGCAGCACCACAUAGCAAUGAGGU